CCACCCACUAGCUCUCACACAGUCCCCUCCUCAUAGUGGCCCCACCCACUAUCUCACACACUCUCCCUCCCCUCUUUCUGUGCAUGAUGGGCGGAUCGGGUCGGAAGCAGCAUGGCGGCCUCACUGCCCCGGACACAGUUACCCAGUAACAACAAUGCAGUGUAUGAGAAAUACUUCCAUCAGUUGGAGUCUGGGAGCUCUGGUAAAGUUUUAUCUUCAGAUGCUGCCUUUUUCUUGAAGAGGUCAGGCCUAGCUGACCUGGUGCUGGGAAAGAUUUGGGAUUUGGCAGAUACAGAUAGCAAAGGACAUUUAAAUAAACAGGAGUUUUUUGUAGCCCUGCAGCUGGUAGCAUGUGCACAGAAUGGAAUGGAAGUCUGCCUUAGUAGUCUUAAAGCUGUGGUUCCCCCUCCCAGAUUUGAUGCAGGAAGCCCACCCUUAUUUGGAACAGCAGUAACUACAGACAUACCAUGGGCUGUCAAGCCAGACGAAAAGGCCAAAUACGAUGCCAUAUUUGACAGUUUAAACCCAGUGAAUGGAUUCCUGUCUGGUGAUAAGGUUAAACCUGUGUUGCUUAAUUCAAAACUUUCUGUGGAAAUUCUGGGAAGAGUUUGGGAGUUAAGUGAUAUCGACCAUGAUGGUUUAUUAGACAGAGAUGAGUUUGCUGUUGCGAUGUUUCUUGUAUACUCUGCUCUUGAGAAAGAGCCAGUUCCCAUGUCAUUACCUCAUACUCUGGUACCACAAUCCAAGAGGAAAGUCUCCAUUUCUUCUGCAUCUUUACCAGUCAUUCCCACUUUACCUAUGCCACCUUCUAAAGAGUCGCGGCAAUCGCUGCCACCAGUUGGAAUUUUGCCCACAAAGGUUCAAGUGACCCAGUGGGUCGUGUCACAUGCAGAAAAAACAAAAUGUGAUGAACUCUUCCACAAGCUAGAUAAGGAUAUGGAUGGCCUGGUGUCUGGACUGGAGGUUCGGGAGAUCUUCCUAAAGACUGGAUUGCCUUCAGUACUGCUUGCUCAUAUAUGGACGCUUUGUGACACAAAGGACUGUGGCAAACUAUCCAAAGAACAAUUUGCUUUGGCUUUUCAUUUUAUCAAUCAGAAGAUUGUUAAGGGUGUUGACCCACCUCGUGUUCUCACUCCUGAAAUGAUGCCUCCAUCUGAAAGGAAUGCUGCAACUAAGGUUCCUACUGCUUCUAGCCCUGUUGCUGAUUUCUCUGCCAUCAAGGAAUUGGAUUCUCUCAAUAAUGAGAUUGUAGAAUUGCAGAGGGAAAAGACAAGUGUGGAGCAGGAGCUGAGCGAGAAGGAGGAUGCUGUUAAAUGCAGAACGGGCGAGGUGCAGGACCUUCAAGAUGAGGUAGAACGAGAGACCAUUAAUCUGCAGAAUUUAAAGUCUCAAAAGCAGGAAGUGCAAGAGAUUCUGGCUGAACUGGAUGAACAGAAAGCAAAAUUGGAAAGUCAGCUGCAGGAGCUACGACUAAAGUGUGCAGAGGAGACCCAGAUGAUUGCAUCAUUAAAGGUGGAGAUAACUACUCAAGAAACACAGAUUUCCAAUUAUGAAGAUGAGCUGAGCAAGGCAAAGUCAGAGCUGAACCGGCUGCAAGAGGAAACAAUUCUGUUAGAAGAGAAUCUGGAAACUGGAAAGCAGAGGCUGGCACCUCUGGAGCAGCAGCUUCAGGAAUCCAAGUUGGAAAUAUGUUCUGUUCAGGCAAAGCUGGAAGAACUGAAAGCUUCAGAGAAUAACGUUGAGCAGCUUAACUGGUGCCAUCACCUGGUAAAUGGUAUUGGAGAUCACUCCAGUCUAAGUAACAGCAGCAGCGAGCCCACAAAUCUGCAUGAGAAUACAGGGUGUGACAGCCCUGGCCAACUAGAUCACCAGAGCCGUAGCUCUCCUGUUAGGAGCAGUCCUGAAAUAAAUCAGACUUCUGGGAGUGAUGGUGAAGAAAAAGAUGACAAUGUAAACGCACUGGUUCCCCAAAAGGAGGUCAGUUUUCAGGUUGAUCCCUAUGACGUGAAUCCAGUUGCUCCCCCUUCUGCUCCUGUCCAAGAUCCCGGAUUGGAUUUCUUUCAGAGUGAUCCUUUUGUUGGCAGCGAUCCUUUUAAAGAUGAUCCAUUUGGGAAAAUAGAUCCAUUUGGUGGGGAUCCUUUUAAAGAUUCCGAUCCGUUCGCCUCUGAUGUAUUUUUCAAACAGGCUUCUGCAGAUCCUUUUGCAUCUUCUAAAGUGGAUUCUUCUAAAGAAGAUCUUUUCUCCAAGUCCAAAGCGGAUUCUUUCACAUCGUCGAAUGCAGAUCCAUUUGUGUCCUCCAAAGCAGAGUCUUUAACAUCUUCAAAAGCUGAUCCUUUCCAGCCCUCCAGCGCUGAUCCUUUCAAGUCCUCUGAACAAGAUCCUUUCACAUCUGCCAAAGUUGAUCCUUUCUUAGCCACAGAAAGCACUUUUUCUUCUGAAGACACUUUAAAAAAUAAUGAUCCAUUUGCUCCAGGUGGAACUGUAGUCUCAGCUGUUAGUGAGUCAGGUUCUGAAGAUCCAUUUGCUUCUUUCUUUGGUAGUGAGUCCAUUGGAACUGGAUUUGCAGAUUUUAGUUUACUUUCCAAGACCAGCACAGAUACUUUUGAUGCUACUCUACCAAUCAAAGACAAGGAGUCUUUAAACAAAGCUAUAUUUGAGGAUGACCCUACCCAGAAAGAAGAGGUACCUCCUGCACUGCCCCCCAAAACUGGAACCCCUACACGUCCUUGUCCGCUCCCACCUGGGAAGAGGCCUUCAUCUAGGACCGCUGAGUCUUCAAACUUGUUCCGGCAAGGUGACCCUUUUCAGCAUUUCAGUCAGAGCUUCUACAAAGAGACACUAUCUGAUCCCUUUGAUGUCAACAAAGCAACUAGUGAAUCUGAUAACUUCAGCACAUACCAGUCUGAAGAUGAUAUGAUUGAGUGGGCAAAGAGGGAGAGUGAGAAGGAAGAGGAGGAGAGGCUGGCAAGGCUGAAGCAACAAGAGCAGGAGGACUUGGAGCUUGCAAUAGCAUUGAGCAAAUCUGAGAUUUCAGAGGCGUGAAACUGAGAACUACACACCCCAGUGGAAAAUAACAAAACAGUCACCUUCUUCCUAAAUCUAUUUAAGAUAGUUUUUAAAACCUUUCUGUGUCUAGACGUAUUGAACGUUACCUUUAAUUCUAGCUUUGCUAGAGGGCUAAAAAAAAUACACCCUCUAGGCUUUUAUCUGUGAACGGGUAAUGUGUCAUGUGCUAAAGUUACCUAUAGGGUGAUUUGUGUCUAUUGACAAUGCUGCUCAGGCUUCAUUUUGAGAAACCAGUAAGUCCAUCUCGUAUAGUGCCCUUGGGAGGUCACUAGCAUUGCGCUACCUCUAAAAGGAAGCAAGAGAAUUCAAAGCAAAAGGAAUAGAGCCUGGUGCUGAUAUUUUUUUAGUUGUUGUGAUUUACACCAUCCUUGAGGCAAGGGGGUUUAUUGCCAAACUGUAUGCCAGACCUUUUUUUUUUUUUUGUUUGUAACAUUUCCUUUGUAAAGUUUUACUUGUGGUGUUUCUCUGAGAUUUAGUGCCUUGCUUACUCCUUUGCACAUUAUUCGCCUAUUAAACUGAGUGGCCAGCCCUCUGCCAUUGAAAGGAUAUACAUUGUGUUAGAGGAUUCGGCACUUCUUUUGCUUAAAUUGUCAGCUUCCUUGUGCCAAAGCCCACUCACCUGACACCUACUAACAGUAUGGAGCUGCAGGUUUGUUGAACUCCAGUUCUGCCAUCAAACCUGUACUUUGUUACCAUGUUUCUGAAGCAAUAUUCAGUGUUAGGAUUUAGAGGACCUAAUCAGCUGCAAUUUCAUGCUGCAUGCUGUGCAUUAUAGAUCCACUACACAUUGCCUGCAAUCAUGGCACAUUGUGUUCUUAAGGUUGUAGCUAUGAUAUAUGGUUCCUAUGUGUGCAUAUAUAGUGUGUGUGUGUAUUUGAGAGAGACGUGUGUUUAUCAAAGGAAUCUCUAUAUGGUAUUAAUUGAUAAAUGUGACUGUAUGUGAUGUGCAUAUCUGUGGAUAUUUUUAUGUGUAUGCCACUAUAUUCCUUAGACUUUGCAUCAGAUAUGCAAGAGUGUUAUGCUUUGCUGCCCUUAAACCAUCACCUCUCAUCCACUGAGGGGCUUUCUUAAUUAAUUUUAUAUUGAAAAGAUUUUCCAGGAACCAAGAAAGCUACAUGGAAUAUCUCCUCUGGCUCCCCCUUCAAAGUUCAUUCUUAAGUGGGGAUGAAUUUUCCAGAUCUCAGUCGGCAAUAAUUUUUUUUUUUAAUUGCUCAUGAGGCCUUGGCUUGAGGAAUACCUUGGUCAUAAGGGUUUGGUGCAUGUAGGCCAAGAUCAGAACAAAGUUCAGUUCUUUAGAACAAAUGGUAGAGAUACUUACUGACUGACUGUGGUCAGACUUGCUAAACAUGUUGGCUACAGCUGUUCUCUUCCACUCAAGCAACAUUAGGUCUAUUUUAAUACACACUAGAAAAGUUGGAAAAUUAGUAGUUUGGAAGCACUGACCACCUAUGUUAGUUGUGCUUCCUUGGCUUGGAUGUAGAAGACAAAUGUAGUAGACAGACUAAACACUAUUCAGCAUUUGCCAUUUACUAUAAGAUGCCCUUGCUUGAUAAGUUUAUAAAGUUUAAGUCUUCUCCAGUUUUUAAGGAAUAAUUCCUAAUACAGUGAUAGGUCAUUUUUCUUCUAAUUGUCAGCUUUGCAGGGAAAGCUGCUUUAAUUUUGCACUGAGUAACUGGUUAUUAAAGCAAACUUCUCGUCCAGCUCUAAAUGUUUGGAAUAUGACUAUUUCUGCAUAUUUACUGUUGUUGCAGAGCACCUAUUACAUUAAUAUCAUCCCCGAGAUGACAAAGUGCAUCAAAAUAUCUUUAAAAAUAAAGCUGGACAAGAAGGCCAAACUGUAGCCUACCAGCUGUUGGACUGCAACUGUUAGCAUCCCCAAAAGCCUUUUGCUAUCUUUGAGUUGUUGGUGAGCUGUGUAGUGUAACAGCUAAUAGUCUUGGGGUUCAAUAUUAUGUAAGAGACAGUCGGUGCAACAUAUCAUCAUAUAGUGACACAUAUUCGUUGCUGAGGUAUAUGGGAAUAAUUUUUCCCCUAUCCUAAAAUGCCAUUUUAAAUGUACACUAAUAUUUUACUGAAUUAUAGAUUAUAAAGUUUUGUUAUAAAGCACUCUCUGUGGACCAAUAUUAUUAUUAUUGUUAUUAAACAUGUAUAUAUAUAUACUUCAAAUGCAAUUAUUCAACCAUUUAACAUGUUCACUCUACUGACGUACAGCCAUCCUGUGCUGGAAUAUUACUCAUAACCACUAGGUGCAAAAUAAAACCUCUUAUUGUUUCAGUCCUGUUGGGGCCUGUGGCACACUUCCUUAUUCUGUGCUAUGUUACUGACCGCUGCAGCUCUGGGACAGUUAUAUUCAUUUGUUAAAUGACUCCUCUACCUUUUAUGUUUUUAUUGCAGUUAGACAUUGUAAUUCUAAGGAUAAGUUGUAAGUACUAAAUAAAGUGUAAAUUGAAUUAAGUC